AUCACCCGGCGCCGGGCCCUCCCUCCUGCCCCCCCUUUCUCCUCCCUCCUUCCUUCUCUCCCUUCCUCCCUCCCUCCCUCCCUCCCUCCCAGCUCCUGCACCAGGAAACGGCCCGGAUCUCGGCAGCGGCCUGACCCGGCUCCACGCUGGCCAGGAGGAUGAAAGGCCCCAGCUGGGGGCUCCUUGCCACCAGUGCUGGGUCCUAAGAGCUGCCAUCCAGGCUGGCCGCCCGGAUGGCGACCCCAGCCUCAGCCCCAGACACACGGGCUCUGGUGGCAGACUUUGUAGGCUAUAAGCUGAGACAGAAGGGUUAUGUCUGUGGAGCUGGCCCCGGGGAGGGCCCAGCAGCUGACCCGCUGCACCAAGCCAUGCGGGCAGCUGGAGAUGAAUUCGAGACCCGUUUCCGGCGCACCUUUUCUGAUCUGGCCACUCAGCUUCAUGUGACCCCAGGCUCAGCCCAGCAACGCUUCACCCAGGUCUCCGACGAACUUUUCCAAGGGGGCCCCAACUGGGGCCGCCUUGUGGCCUUUUUUGUCUUUGGGGCCGCACUGUGUGCUGAGAGUGUCAACAAGGAGAUGGAGCCACUGGUGGGACAAGUGCAGGAGUGGAUGGUGGCCUACCUGGAGACGCGACUGGCCGACUGGAUCCACAGCAGUGGGGGCUGGGCGGAGUUCACAGCUCUAUACGGGGACGGGGCCCUGGAGGAGGCACGGCGUCUGCGGGAGGGGAACUGGGCAUCAGUGAGGACAGUGCUGACAGGGGCCGUGGCACUGGGGGCCCUGGUAACUGUAGGGGCCUUUUUUGCUAGCAAGUGAGAAAGUCCAGGGCCAGGUGAGGCCAGGUAUGGCUGGGGGCCAGGAGAGCAGGAACAGAACAGAGAAAUGCCCUUGGAAGAAGUGGGGAAUGGAUGGGCACGGGACAGGGAUGGACAGUGGCAGGACAGUGUAUGAGAGAGCUGAGUAUGCCAGGCAGGUGUUUGGGAGAGUGAGCUGGAGACAUUGGGAGUGUUUUGGUCAGUGGCCCAGGAGAUGGAGUCAUUCCAGGGUUGGGGGGAGGUGGGAGGGAUCAUGCCUAUAGGUGUGGGCACAGGAAACUACCUGGAGCUUAGUUUGCAGCCCUGAGGAAGGUAGACUUGCAUAAGGGGUUGUGUCUCCAUUGGGUGAGUGGGAUUUGGGGAGCACAGAAGGCACACUCCUUUAGAAUGGAAGCUUGGGGUUCUUGGGUAAUAGGGAGAGGUGGCUGUGACAGUGGGCUGCUUGGACACGUGCGUGCAUGUGCACUCAUGCUCUUGUGCAUGCUGGGCCGCUUGUCUAAUCUGGUGUUGGUGGGAUUCUUCAAGGAGAAAACAUUCCUUUUGCAGUGGCAAGAACAAGAGGCAGUUCUCUGCCCCUCCUCCCUCCCCCUCCCUCCCCCUCCCCUUGCGCUGAUGCCUCAAGGCUCAGGAGGAAACACUGUGCCCACAGAGGGCUCUGGUACUUCUCUGCAGAAAGUCAUUAGCAGGGCUUUGGAGAGAAGAGCAGCUCUGCAGCUGGCCUUGCUUCUUCAUCAUCCCCCUUUCUUGUGCAUCACGCACUUGCUGCUGCCUCCCGGGCUCUGACAGCAGGGCAGGGCUGUGGAGCCUCGGUGAGUGGAGGCUUUGGUAGCUGGAUCUGCCUGCUGCCCUCCCCUCCCACUGGGGCACAAUGGUGCCUAACAUAUUCCCUUUCUCUAGGACCUCUGUACCCAAACUGAAAUUCUAAGUUGGGGCUCUAAUUUUCCUUUAGAGGGUGUGGACAUAAAUGCUAGUCUAGAAUACCACCUGGGUCCUGCACUGUGUGAGACUGCUGAUGCCUUGAGAGGACCAUGCAGCUCUGAUCCCCAUGGGUUUGAGGGUGACGGAUACUCUGUGAGUGGCCUGUUCUGUGUUGUGGGCUUUGGUGCUGCUUUAUCAGGGGCAGGAGUAUGGGUUCUAGAGUACCUAUCAUGACCUAGAAGCACUUAUGUUUUCUUUGAAGCCACACUGUUUGCAUGGAUGUUACUUGUCUGUACCUUGGAGUCUGAGGAUGUUAACUUUAGAACUCAUAGUCCUCUAGAACAGAUUCCAAUUACAGCUUUUUCUUUUGAGGAAAAAAAUGAUUCACUCCAGAUACAUGCCCUGAGCCAGACCUCACUGCUGCACUUUCCAAGGUGCUAAAAUUGCUGCUCUCCAGUGUUGACUUCAGACACAGUGCUCUAGAACCCUGCCCGUCAUCCUGAGCACUGAUCAGCUUAGCUAGACCAUGGUUGACUCUUCUUGGAGAUUUUCACUUGGUCCCAGAAUGUGGCAACAUAGUUGUGCUUGCUAGAAUGUGGGACCAAAUGGCCUCAGGUGUUUAGUCCAGACUUUUGCUUUUGAGUGAGGGCUGCACUUUUUAAUGGUAUUUAUAGGGGAGAUGGUAGACUGCAUGUGCCACUCGGUCUGUCAUGAGUAUGCUGAUACCAGAAACUCAGAGCCAGUCUGUGGCAAGCAGUUGGGGUGGGGGGGCCUCUGACUUGCUCAGGACAAAUUAGGCCAGUGGUUUUCAAACUGCUUGGCAGAGCCCCAAAGUUUCCCAGGGGUUGCCUCAGGAGUCCUUGGGGAGAUGAAGGGGGUAGGGGGCUGAACAUGCUGGGCAAUUUGCCCUCAAAAAGAACAGCUCCCCGUGUAGCUGUCUUACGUAUCGGGGUUCAGGGUAAGAUUUUAUUUGCAUUAAGGGGUUUGCUGCUGGAAAAAAGUUGGAAAACCACUGACUAGACCAUCAGCUCCAAGUUGGAGCCGGUGCUUCCCCAAGUUUGGAGCGGACUCUUCACCCUACCCUCUACCACUAGGACGCCUAUCCUUGUUAGCAUUCCUGGGCGCCUUUAGCAAACAGGGGCAGCAAGGACCAUGGUCAGGUUACCAAAAUGCCCUGCUCUGAGGCCUUCACACCUGGAUGGAAAGAGAGGCUGUUUUCUGAAAGGGUAAAGGGCUUGGUCUGGAUUCCCAGAAGCAUAGCUUACAUGGGACCACAGUGGGCAGUUUUGAUCUAUCCUGUCCUUUCUUAGCUUGAAGGGCAAUGGAAACCCCAGAGACUCUUCUGUCAGGGAAAACUAGGGACUCUUCUAGAGCCAUAUAGUUUCUUGGGAUUAGCUCUUGGCCAAGAAGGCUGAGUAUGGCUCCCAAUUUUUAAAUCUAUUUCAUUUUUUAAAAAAUAAGGGAAACAAAUGUAAUUGCCAUUUUUCAAAGAUUAAAUAGGUGGAGAGGGUGUUUCUUGCUCUCCAGAGCCCAAAGGGACAAAUAGGGACUUUGCUUAGGCCAAGGAAGGAGCAGAAGUAGGGCAACUUGGUCCUGCGAUUAUUAAUCCCACUCCCCACUUAUUCUAGGGCAUACAUACACUAUUUUACUUUUUUAAAUCAUAAAACGGCAGAACAGAUUUGGUUAGUUUAGAAGAAAAAGCUCUAUAAAUAUAAAUAUAUAUAUUCCUGUAUUUUUAUUUAAUAAUUUAUAAAUACCAAGUUCAUUUGACUUUUAUUUUUGUGUAAUAUGUAAUGGUCGUAUUAAAAAAAUAAAUAAAGCCCAGAAGUUUAAUGAGAAGGACUGACCAGGGUUUGUGACUUCUACACUGUAUAACCUGGGAUCAGGACAUUCCUUGAUCCAGUCAUCUCUUCAUGACCUUGUUAAGGGCAAGAGUUAGAGUAACAGAGAUUUGGGAAAGUGUUGAUUGAGACCAUUUUUUAAAAAAUCAGAGUUGUUCCCCCAUCCUCCCUACCCCACCUCCACCCUCCUCACCCCAUCCCCACCCCCACCCCAGCCAAAUACCCAAAGCCAAGAACUCUGUUUGUCCCAACCCAAGCCUCAAGAGGAUGUGUGUAUAUGGUACUUUGGGACUGCCACAAACAAAAAACAAAGCAGAAAAAAAGAAAAACAUACCAAAAACUUUUGUGUGAUAGUAAUCAAGUCCGCAGUUGUGGUUCAGCCUGUAAUCAGAAUUGUGUGAUAAUGAGCGUUUCUCCCUGCUGCCUACUUCAGACUUAAAAUAGGGCCGGCAAAAAUGGAGCCCCUGCUUCCUUUUCUGGUUCCCUGAGACAUUUGGUUUCAGCCCUUUUGGUGCGAACUGCUAAACUGGUUAGAAUCUCUGGGAAUAUUCAGCCCAUAUCUCUGUACCUCUAGUCUAAGACCACAUUAAAAUCAUGUUUGACAGGAA